AUGGCGGAUACAGCGACUACAGCAUCAGCGGCGGCGGCGGCUAGUGCCGCUAACGCCUCGACCGAUGCACCGCCUUUCCAGCUGGGCAAGCCCCGCUUCCAGCAGACAUCCUUCUGUGGUCGCUUCAGGCACUUCUUGGACAUCAUCGACCCUCGCACACUCUUUGUCACUGAGAGACGUCUCAGAGAGGCUGUGCAGCUGCUGGAAGACUACAAGCAUGGGACCCUGCUUCCGGGGAUUACUAAUGAGCAGGCUAUUCUACACCCGGACACCAACGAGAAGAUCUUCAUGCCCUUUAGAAUGUCAGGUUACAUUCCUUUCGGGACGCCAAUUGUGGUUGGUCUUCUCUUGCCCAAUCAGACAUUGGCGUCCACUGUCUUCUGGCAGUGGCUGAACCAGAGCCACAACGCUUGUGUCAACUAUGCAAACCGGAACGCUACGAAGCCUUCACCUGCAUCCAAGUUCAUCCAGGGCUACCUGGGAGCUGUCAUCAGUGCCGUCUCCAUCGCUGUGGGCCUUAAUGUCCUGGUUCAGAAAGCCAACAAGUUCACCCCGGCCACCCGCCUUCUCGUCCAGAGAUUCGUGCCGUUCCCUGCCGUAGCCAGCGCCAACAUCUGCAACGUGGUCCUGAUGCGGUACGGGGAGCUGGAGGAGGGGAUUGACGUCCUGGACGGUGAUGGCAACCUCGUGGGCUCCUCCAAGAUCGCAGCCAGACAUGCCCUGCUGGAGACGGCGCUGACGCGGGUGGUCCUCCCCAUGCCCAUCCUGGUGCUACCCCCGAUCGUCAUGUCCAUGCUGGAGAAGACAGCUCUCCUGCAGGCGCGCCCCCGGCUGCUCCUCCCCGUGCAAAGCCUCGUGUGCCUGGCAGCCUUUGGCCUGGCCCUGCCGCUGGCCAUCAGCCUCUUCCCCCAGAUGUCAGAGAUCGAAACGACCCAGUUAGAGCCUGAGAUUGCCCGAGCCACGAGCAGCCAGACAGUGGUGUACAACAAGGGGCUGUGA